AUGACCGCUGUUGGUGCACAACCAGCUGGACUUUCUACUAUGACCGCAGUUGGAGCACAGCCUGUUCCCGCUGGAACUUCUACUAUGACUGCUGUUGGUGCACAACCAGCUGGACUUUCUACUAUGACCGCAGUUGGAGCACAGCCUGUUCCCGCUGGAACUUCUACGAUGACCGCUGUUGGUGCUCAACCAGCUGGACUUUCUACUAUGACCGCAGUUGGGGCACAGCCUGUUCCUGCCGGAGCUUCUACGAUGACCGCAGUUGGAGCACAGCCUGUUCCCGCUGGAACUUCUACGAUGACCGCUGUUGGUGCACAACCAGCCGGACUUUCUACUAUGACUGCAGUGGGAGCACAGCCGGUGUCCGCUGGAGCGUCUACGAUGACCGCUGUUGGUGCACAACCAGCAGGACUUUCUACUAUGACCGCAGUUGGGGCACAGCCUGUUCCCGCUGAAACUUCUACGAUGACCGCUGUUGGUGCUCAACCAGCUGGACUUUCUACUAUGACCGCAGUUGGAGCACAGCCUGUUCCCGCUGGAAUUUCUACUAUGACUGCAGUGGGAGCACAGCCGGUGUCCGCUGGAGCUUCUACGAUGACCGCUGUUGGUGCACAACCAGCCGGACUUUCUACUAUGACCGCAGUUGGAGCACAGCCUGUUCCCGCUGGAACGUCUACGAUGACUGCUGUCGGUGCACAACCAGCAGGACUUUCUACUAUGACCGCAGUUGGAGCACAGCCUGUUCCCGCUGGAACUUCUACGAUGACCGCUGUUGGUGCACAACCAGCCGGACUUUCUACUAUGACUGCAGUGGGAGCACAGCCGGUGUCCGCUGGAGCUUCUACGAUGACCGCUGUUGGUGCACAACCAGCCGGACCGUCUACGAUGACUGCUGUCGGUGCACAACCAGCAGGACUUUCUACUAUGACCGCAGUUGGAGCACAGCCUGUUCCCGCUGGAACGUCUACGAUGACUGCUGUCGGUGCACAACCAGCAGGACUUUCUACUAUGACCGCAGUUGGAGCACAGCCUGUUCCCGCUGGAACGUCUACGAUGACUGCUGUCGGUGCACAACCAGCAGGACUUUCUACUAUGACCGCAGUUGGAGCACAGCCUGUUCCCGCUGGAACGUCUACGAUGACUGCUGUCGGUGCACAACCAGCAGGACUUUCUACUAUGACCGCAGUUGGAGCACAGCCUGUUCCCGCUGGAACGUCUACGAUGACUGCUGUCGGUGCACAACCAGCAGGACUUUCUACUAUGACCGCAGUUGGAGCACAGCCUGUUCCCGCUGGAACGUCUACGAUGACUGCUGUCGGUGCACAACCAGCAGGACUUUCUACUAUGACCGCAGUUGGAGCACAGCCUGUUCCCGCUGGAACGUCUACGAUGACUGCUGUCGGUGCACAACCAGCAGGACUUUCUACUAUGACCGCAGUUGGAGCACAGCCUGUUCCCGCUGGAACGUCUACGAUGACUGCUGUCGGUGCACAACCAGCAGGACUUUCUACUAUGACCGCAGUUGGAGCACAGCCUGUUCCCGCUGGAACUUCUACGAUGACCGCUGUUGGUGCACAACCAGCUGGACUUUCUACUAUGACUGCAGUUGGAGCACAGCCUGUUCCCGCUGGAAUUUCUACUAUGACCGCAGUUGGAGCACAGCCUGUUCCCGCUGGAAUUUCUACUAUGACUGCAGUUGGAGCCCAGCCUUUUCCUGCUGGAACUUCUACGAUGACUGCUAUUGGGGGACAACCAGCUGGACUCUCUACUAUGACCGCAGUUGGAGCAAAGCCAGGAACAUCCGUCAUGACAGCUGCAGCUGCCCCUGGUGGCCCCGCGCUCCUCGGUGGACCUAUUGGAGCAAUACCGAUAGCACCAGCACCUAAAUCUAUAGCAGCUGGUCCAGGCACUUCCGUAUAUUUUGGAGGUUCAGCGGGUGGUGCUCCGUUAGGCGCACAAUCGGCAUAUUUUGCUGCACCUGCGGCUGGUGGUGGUGGCGGAGCAAAAUCAGUUGCACUGGGAGGACCAAAAGGACCAGCGAACUUACUACCUGGACAGUCUGCAUAUUUCGGAGUUGGGGCAAAAGGAGCUGCCCCACCUGGAACAAUGUCAACGUAUAUGUAA